AUGUUAGAUACAUUCACACUUCUAACGUUUGCUUAUGAUUUGGGCAAUUUAAAAUAUUUAGCUAGAGAAGCAACACAAAGUAAUCCAGACGAAAAAUAUGAAUCAUCCGAUUUCAAUCUCGCAUUAUCAAUUUGGCUCGAUGCAUUGAAACGUGCCACAAUGAAUGUAUUAGGAUUGAUUCUCGCUGGUUAUAAUACAACAGCAAAUAUCCUAGCUUGGUUUAUGUAUUAUGCAAGUAAAAAUCCUGAAGUUCAACAAAAAAUAAAAGAAGAAUUGAAACAACAUAAUAUUACAAAAGAGACAUCACUUGAUGAUUUGAAUCCACGUGAUCAAUGUAAAUAUAUUGAUUGUGUCAUCAACGAAACAUUGAGAAUGGUCCCAAUUGGUAUCGGUUCGUUACGAACAGUUAUCGACAAUGUUACUAUUGAUGGAGUUAAUAUUUGUAAAGGAGAAACAGUUGUAUCGGCAUUUGCUUUGAUGCAACGUGAUCCAAGAUUUUGGAAAUUAGAUCCCAAACAGUUUAUUCCUGAGAGAUUUUUUGGUAAUGAUGCCCCUGAUGUCAAUCAUCAUCCGUUGGCAUUUGCUCCAUUUGGUGGUUGA